CUGCUAACCUAGCUAGUUUCCUGCCCUGGUAACGGAAGGGUUAGUUAGCGAAGCGUCCACUGAACGGAUCCAUUGCCUUUUCCUUGGAAGUCAGCCCAGAGGCCCCAGGAAGGGAGGUCUGCAAAUCUGCUGCCCUCGCCCACGACCCAAGUGAUGAGCUCUGGAGUCUUUAGCUAUGCAAAUCGUUUUUCAAGUCGUGGGGGAUGGGUUUGGACAUUUUUCUGAAAUCUUCUGGGGGGGAAAUCCUUGGCUUGGAAACUGAAAAGAUUAAGAAUUCUGGAGCCUGAUCACCAGGGAGCAUGGAUAAUGCCUGGUUUUGCCUUCUUGAACACACCCUGCAGGACCUUUCCUAAACCAGUUUCUUACCGGAUCACACCUUGGUUCUGAAACCUCCGGUGGCCCUUCAGUGCUGUCUAAGGACAUGGCCGGAUCCCUUGUCAGACCAACCUGGCUUUGCUCCCUUUUUCCUGCCGCUCAGCCAGCUCACUCCAGUAAAUGAUUUGUCAUUUCCCAGUCCCAGUUUCCUCCCCUGGAAAAUGGGGAUCUCUCGGGCUAACCAAAUCUCCAUUUGUUCUCCCCUAAUGGAGAAAGCAGGUCUGUACGCUGGUUCACCCUUGCUUUUUUGUUUUAUCCAGGGAUUUAACAUCAUUCGUGGCCACUUGAUUAAUUCCUAACGAUCCUUUAUGUAGUACCAGCCCUAGAGAGUAGGGCGUUUCUUUUAAAUCACUCAAGUGUUAACCUAGGUUGCAGGAGAGCCCUGGGGGCUGAUGAUUCUUGACCAAACUUGGGAUUGCAGUGGUCCGAUAGGUUAAAAAAUGUGUAUAUCCUUGAGUCCCAUUCGCAGUGGUAGUAAUCAAAUAAAGAAAACGUAUAUUGUACACCUGAAACUAAUAUCACAGUGUGUAUUAACUAACUGGGAUUAAACCAAAAACUCAAAGAAGAAAAUGUAUAUAUCCCAUAAAUCCCAUUUACUGUGGUCUUUCCCAUCAGGGAAAACGCUGAGAGUCUGUCUUGGUCCUCCCCUCAGUCCAACAGCAAGUAGUGAGGGCUCUCAACCUUCAAAAUAAAUUCUUAUCUGACCACUUUUCCCCACCUGCGUGGCCCUCAACCUGUCCCAGGCACCGUCAUCCUCUGCCUACCUGGGCCACUGCAGUGGCUUCCUCACCGGGCUCCCUGCUUCUCCCUCGGUGUCCCUCACAAUCCACUGUCCCCGUGCAGCAGGCAGAGGGAUCAUGUGAAAAUCCAAGUCCCGUCCUAUCUGUCCUUCCUCACUCAGAGUAGAGAGCCAGGUCCUCACCUCCUUCUUCAAGGCCCUUUCCUGCACGAUCCGCCCCUGCUCCGGCCUCCUGCCUCCUCCACGUUGGCCUCCCUGCCACGGGCUUUGCAUUUGCUGUUCCCACUGACGGGAACACCUUUCCCCCCAGAUCUCUACGUGACUCCGUCCCUUAUACCAUUUGGGUCUGUGCUCAAAUGCAACAGACUUCCUGGCCAGCUCGCUCUCUCGCCCCUAGGCUGGGCUGGUGCCCCCUCUGGAUACCUGAGGGCCCCCAGCCUCCUUCCUUCCAGCCCGGCCCACUCCGGGUCAGCAUCCUCUAAAGACAAGUCAGGUGGGCGGGGCACUGAGCAGGCACUUGGAUAACGUGGAUGGGUGAAUCUUUUCGUUCCUUCAACAAAGAUUGACUGAGCUCCCCCUGUUUGCCUGGCUCAGGGGUGGGGCUGGGAUGGGGUUGUGAAAUCACCAGACAUGGCCUUUCAAAGUCCUGUGUCCUGUGGCAGACCGACAGUACGCAGAUGAGGAACCGGAGCCUGAAGGCUGCCUAUAGAGUCGCAGUCACCAGCCCAGAUCCUUCGUAGUGAAUCUGGGAGGCCGAAGAACCACCGGGCUCCCUGAAUCCACACCUUCGUCCUCUGUGCCGCGGGCGGGGUAAGCUGUGGCCUGCCUCCUGGUCUGGCCUGGCCCACCAGCUAAGAGCGGGUCUUACACUUCUAAGUGCUUGGAAAAUUUUAAGAAAUCUGUGUGGGUGCAUGAAAUUGUAUGGAAUUCAAAUUGCAGCGUCCCUCCUGGGUCCUUCCUUGCCAGGAGCCCACGGGUGAGCUGCAGAGACAGGAAUCGCCUAACGAGGAAAAGGAUCAUCUCAGUCUCCCUCUUACUGUGGAAGCCAGGGGCGAGCUCUCAGCAGAGGAUGGGCGUGACCGGGCUCCGGUGUUCGAUGCCAGGAUAAUGCAGACUCCACUGACCAUCCCUGUGCCUGUGCUCCGGCUCCCCCGGGGCCCGGAUGGCCUGAGCCGAGGCUUUGCCCCAGAUGGACGCAGGGCCCCCCGGAUGCCAGAGGGUCCCGAAACCCCAGAGUCUGCAGGAGUUCAAGAGUCUCGGGAAUCCCAGGAACAGCAGGCACGAGCGGCGCUCCGGGAGCGCUACCUCCGCAGCCUGCUGGCCAUGGUGGGUCACCAGGUGAGCUUCACACUGCACGAGGGCGUGCACGUGACUGCCCACUUCGGAGCCACUGACCUGGACGUGGCCAACUUCUACGUGUCACAGCUGCAGACGCCCAUAGGUGUGCAGGCUGAGGCCCUGCUGCGGUGUAGUGACAUUAUUGCGUACACCUUCAAGCCAUGAAGAUGCUACUGGCUUCACCUUUUGGCUUUGGGCCUAGCCAUGGGGCCCCAGACCUGCCACAUGGUCGUGGCGUGGGGCACACAGAGUUUGGAACUCCCUUGGAAUUCUGAGCCAACCUCCAAGCAACUUUGGCUUCUUGGGACCUCCAGGGUGUAGUCGGUAAAAUUUUGCAAUCCUAGUAGUUCUAGAGCCCAUUGACUGGAUGCUCUACCUCAAAGAACUCUAAACUCUAGAAUAGGGCCUCUUGCCAGUUCCCGAAGAUUGAGGAUUGGGCGUGGAAGGCAAAUGGCAGAGUGGGAAAUUGUUUCUUGAAGCUGCAAAGUUCAGCCACCCUGAAGAUACUCCCCUCCUACUAAAGAACCAAUUAUCCCAGGAAGAUUCGCCUCCUGUUUUUGUUUGUUUGUUUGUUUGUUUUAAAGUGUAGCACACGGGGAUGGAGCCAGAUUUAGGAAGUGGAAGGGUGGCUAGGCUAGCCAAGGUCUGAAUCUGGUGGAUCUGGGCCAAGAAGAGGAUACAUCACGGGGCUGAGAGGAACUCGGAUGAAGGCGGAGAUUGGCUUGGUCCGGGAAUGGCUGGAACUACCCGAAAGCCAGGUUUGGGACAUUUGGACGCGAUUUCCUUUUCGGGUAGGCGGGAGUGUUCCCAGGCAGGGGCGCGGCUCGCACCGGGUUACCUGGUCGCCUGGCCCUGGAGCGGUGUGGACCUCACUCUAGAGACGGCUUCCCCGUCCUCUCCGGAAGGCGUCGGACCCUGUGCGGCGGCGCCACUGAGGCCAGGAUGAGGACUAGUGCUUGGGGUGAAGCUUCACCCUCUUUCUGUGUCGCUCCAGCUGUGUGGCCAUCCGGAUCAUUCGCUGCCCUUAUCCCCGUCACUAGCGUCUUUCAGCACAUUCGCUUUAAAAAAGUAAUUGCAGCCCCCUUUGUAGUCCCAUCAACUUUAGAAUGCAAGCGAAGAUCCCAUUAAAUAAAGAUUCGCUUUGUUCGUCUGCAGUCGCGAAAGUGCGGC